CGCUCAGAAAAUCAUGCAAACACCUUAUGGGGGCCGUCUCAAAUACGUUCUGCCCCAUGGCAACAUCCUGUAUAUCCACUUCAAGGACAAACAGCUGAUCCGUCACAAAAAGCGCUGGUCUCAGAUUAUGUACCUAUACUACCUGUUGGGCUGGAAGAUGAACAGGAAAUAUUUCCUGAAGUUAGAGGAUGGAAUAGAGAAAAACAUUCUGGAGGAAGAAUUGAAGCAGGAAAAGGAGAACACAUAUAUUCUGGCUUUGGAUGGAGACAUCGACUUCCAGCCGUCAGCUUUGAUGCUUCUGGUGGACCGUCUGAAGAUGUACCCUGAAGUUGGAGCGGCCUGUGGCAGGAUUCAUCCCACAGGCACUGGGCCCAUGGUGUGGUAUCAGAAGUUUGAGUAUGCUGUGGGCCACUGGCUGCAGAAGGCAUCAGAGCACGUGUUCGGCUGUGUGCUGUGCAGCCCCGGCUGUUUCAGCCUGUUCCGGGCAGCUGCGCUCAUGGACGAUAACGUGAUGAAGAAGUACGCCACCACUGCCUCAGAAGCCGGCCAAUAUCUGCAGUACGACCAAGGGGAGGACCGCUGGCUGUGCACUCUGCUGCUGCAGCGGGGCUGGAGGAUCGAGUACAACAGCGCCUCAGACUCCUACACCAAUGCCCCUCAGGAAUUCAAGGAGUUCUACAACCAGAGACGGCGCUGGGGACCCUCCACUCUGGCCAACACACUGGAUCUUCUGGCAACAGGAAACACGACAAUAGAGAUAAACAAAUCCAUCUCCAGACCAUAUAUUCUCUACCAAGUCUUAAAUUUAUUUUCUACCAUCCUAGGUCCAUCCACUGUUUGCUUCAUGAUUGCAGGGGGCUUCGCAUCUGUGUUCUCCUUACCUGUCAAUGUUAGCCUGCUCCUGGCAAUCAUCCCACCUGCAAUAUACCUGUUUCUGUGCUUCAAGAUAAAAUCAGACACCCAAAUCACCAUUGCCGCUAUUAUGAGCAUAUUUUACGCUUUCCUCAUGUUAGCAACAAUGCUCUCAAUUGCUGGGAAUUUGGUGAAGGCAGGGACCAUCCUGACCCCUACUGGCCUUUUCUUUGUGGGUAUAGUGCUGUUAUACACAGUAACAGCACUGCUGCACCCCCAGGAAGCACACCUAUUGGUCUAUGGCUUUGUUUUCGUACUCUCAAUUCCCAGUGCGUACCUGUUGCUAGCCAUCUACUCCAUGGUCAACAUGAACAAUGUGUCGUGGGGCACCCGUGAGACCACCAGCCAGGACACGGCCGGGCCCGUGGAGACAGUCGUGAAGAACGUGAAGUUUGAGAAGAAGUGCAAGUGCUGCUGUUGGAAUGUACAGUUUCAAAUAAAUGAAGAUGAGAAGGUGGUGGUGGCCCAGGGCCCCACAGAAGCCCCCAUUACAACCGAACCAAAAAGUGAGAAUCAUCCUGAUCAGGAGAAAGAGGAAGAAGAAGAAGAAACAUCACCUGCGCCAUACUGGAUAACACAGCUACAACAGAAGUCCAGUGAACUGCCCCUGGAAGAGGACACAAUUGAUAAUGACGAAGCGCAGUUCUGGACACAACUUCAAGAGCGAUAUUUAAAGCCUCUAGAUGAAGACAAGAAAAAGCAGAAACAAAUUGCAGAAGAUCUCAUAGCCCUCAGGAAUAAGGCAACUUUCGUCUUCUUCAUAUGCAACGCUUUGUGGAUCGUAACUACGUUUUUUAUUCAACUCAUUGGCCAAUCAGUCUCCAUUGAAAUCCCUAAGUUGUUCCUCAAUGGCUCAGCGGACUCUGAAGUGUUUUUUAUUGACCCAAUUGGAUUUUUCUUUCUGCUGGGCUUCUCACUCCUGCUGACCGUUCAGUUUGUUGCGAUGAUUUGGCACAGAGUUCUGACGCUAAUUCACUUCGUCGCCUUCAGUGGGACCGAAGUUAAAGCUAUGAAUAUCGAAUUCAAAAAGUCAAUGGAGGAAAUCAAAGAGGAAAAGAAUUUUCGAGAGAAUUUCCUCUGAGAAAGCAUGGUUUCCACAUCGAAGCUGAUGAAAGCCAAAAAGAUUCACCUUCAAUAGUUUUUCCCCCAGGAGAGAAGAUGGUGUUUUAUUGACAGUUUUGU